AUGUCCGCCCUCUACACCUACAGCGUCCCCGUCUUCAUCAACGGGCUGACGAUGCUGUCGACCAUCCUCAAGACGGCCGAGGAGUACGCGGAGGAGAAGAAGUUCUCGACCUCCGUGCUGGCCGAGUCCCGGCUCAUUGCAGACAUGAAGCCGCUCUCCUACCAGGUUCAACGCGCCAGCGAUACGGCCAAGAACACGCUCGUGCGGGUCGCGGGCACCGAGCCCGUGCCCAUGGCAGACACCGAGACGACCUUCGAGGAGCUGCAGGAACGGAUUGCGCGCACCAUCGAGGUCCUCAAGAGUGUGGAUGCGGCGGUCUUUGCGGGCAAGGAGGAUAAAGUGAUUGAGAUGAAGCUCGGUCCGCAGCAGGAGCUCACUUUCAAGGGCGAAGCGUACAUCACUACUUUCGCCUUGCCGAAUUUCUUCUUCCAUAUCCAGACUGCAUAUGCCAUUCUGCGCAAGGAGGGGGUGCCCCUGGGUAAGGCGAACUACUUGGGCCCUUUUAUGGCUUCUAACUAG